ACGCAAAUCCCAGAAGAAAGCGCUCGCGGUUUGUUCUGAGUCUUGUUCUACCAACCUCAAUAACUGUUGUCCUCAUCUUUCGAUUUCUGUCUUGGAGGCUCUUGCUGAAAGGAUUCGCUGGAGUGUGGUGUUUGGAAUUUUCCACGACGGUCCCCGGGUUUUUCGCGCAGCGCGAGACGUCUGCGUGUGUGUGCGUGUGUCUCUUUUUCACGCCUCCUCACUCGCUCACGAAGAGAAGCAGAGCGGCGUGGUGUUGUGUGGAUUGAAAAUUGUUGCAGCAGCAGCAAACAGAACCAUCGUUCCGGAUUCCAGAGAUUAUUAGAGGGCGAUGACAAUUAGAACUGUGCUACUCGACGACAGCAUUCGCAAAUCGUGAGGUCUGCCUUCGUCUUCUGCUUUGGCUGCAAACCUCGCUCCUCAUCGCAACAUCAAAAAUCGGGUGGGCUGGAGCUGGUCCCCACAUCACGGAGGAGUUGAGCCCCACCACGUAAAGCGCGUGUGUGUGAGAGAGAGCGAAAGAGCACGAGAGAGGAAAGCCGUGCGGUGUGGCGACGGACGACGGCUGCUACGAUUUCGACGAGAAUCGGAUUGUUCGGUGCAUCGGUGGUAGCAGGCUGCGACCGAGGUGCGACGGAAACGGUGUAAAUUGGUUGAAUCCCGACCGACCGACCGACCAGCCCGAGUUGCACCAUUAUUAUUGUGGCCCCGACCAGGCCAACCUUUGCGCACCGCCACCUUCACCUUCCGUCCUUUACCGCGUGCCCGUGUGUGUGUUUGAUUGGUUUCUGUAACGUGUGCUAGAGGGAGUGAGUAAGAGCACCAGCAGCAGCAGCAGCUUCAGUGAAAAGUGUCUCUGUAUCUCGUGUGUUUCCUGGCGGUUGUGCUGUCCUUCCCAGGGACACCCAGGGAGAUUCUGCAAAGGCUGCACAGGCCCAGGGGCAUCCUGCUGGCCACAAAUCACAAUCACAGCGCCCUAUACCGGAGCGAGCAGCAAGAGCAAAAAGGUUGAUGUAUCUAUGUGUAUGUGUGCGCGCCCCCGUGUAUUGUGGUGUCCAGUCUCGGCUAGCUAAGAAUCGUUGUUGUUGGAUCAUUGUGAAAGAAUCCAACCAAUUCUAACCGCCUGUGUGUUGUGUGUUUCGUCUGUUGAAUCAGAACAACCUCCAUCAUUAGAGCCCCUUCAUCGUAAGGAACCGUCCACCGUCCAGUGCAUUUUCCAGUGUUUCUCUGCUACUAGAGAGUAGUAGUCGAGAGCGACGACGUUUUUUAGUGUGCUCCAGUUUCUCGUCUACUUGUCAAUCGAACCGAGGAGCAUAGCAUAGUGUCCGGUGAAGUCCAACAUACAACAUCACCCCGGCAACAUACCACAGUAGCAACAGCAGCAUGAUGAUGAUGAUGUCGCAACAAACGUUAAACAUCAAAGCGGGCGGCGGCGGUGGCGGCGCUGUUAAAAGGAAAUUGGUUGCCCCGCGAACGAUGACGAUGGCGACAACAACGGCGACCGUGAUGCUGGUGGCGCUGUUGCUCGCGAUCGCGAUGCCCUGGUCGACGGCCGUCGCAGCAGCCGCGAACGAAAACGAUCAGAAAUCUAACAACCAGAAUACUAACCUCGACAGUAGUUCAUCGUUCAGCGCCGGUCAGAAUGAUAUCUACAUCGAUGACGAUGGUCUGCAAGGUUCUGGUAGCCGGGGAGAAGUACAUGAUGAUCUAGAGAAAGAAGACGACGAAGCGUCCGGUUCCGGGUUCGGGGACGACGACGAAGAUUCCACCGCACGUCGUACGUCCUCUUCGUCGUCCUCGUCGUCCUCGUCAUCGUCGGGCAGCAACGUGAACCACAUCCUGCACAGUGAUAACCUGCCCGGUUCAGGUGAUCAUGAUGAUAAUGAUCUCUACACAGACACCAACCUAUCCGAAGUUGAUCCAUCGACCACCGACGACGAAGAUAUGCCGAUCGGCAAGGAUCGAGACAGCAAAUCGUCCACCUCGUCAACAUCAGGAGGAAAUCGAUAUCCGAGCGGCGGCGUCGGUGAUUCAAACAAUCCCGCCAAGCCCGAGUUUGAUCUGGACGAGCUUCCCCGUCAUCACGCCACGCCAACCGAGAGCGGAAGCAGCGGCAGUGGUACGAACAACAACAAUAACAACCAUCACGACACCAACAACCCGUACGGUGCGGGCAGCGGCGUUUUGAUAAUGAAUGCCAAGAACGAUGACCGAACGGCUAGCUUCUUUGCACAGCCUGGCAUUCUAGCAGCUGUGAUUGGAGGAGCUGUCGUCGGUUUGCUGUGCGCUAUCCUCGUGGUGAUGUUCAUCGUGUACCGGAUGAGAAAAAAGGACGAGGGCUCGUACGCGCUCGAUGAACCGAAGCGAUCCCCGACGGCCAACACAUACGCCAAGAAUGCGAACAACCGGGAGUUUUACGCCUGAGAUUACUCGAUAGACUCGAGUGACGGUGAUUUCUAAAGCUCUCCCUCCCCCCAAGUAAGGCUGGCAAAAGGGGAAGGGUGUCCUAGAGCAAACCCUCCGGAGGGCUUGCAAACAGAAAACGCCUGAAAGCGCGAGGUAAAACGAAAAACAAUAGAAAACUACUACUGCUGAGUACUGGAAAGAGGAAAGCAAGGAAGAUAACGGAAAACCGAAAAAUGAAGAGUGUGUGACGUCGUUGGACUGGGAGAGAGAUAGAGAGAGAGAGAG